AGUCUAGCACACCACACGGCCAGGGACAGGGGUUCAGGCGGGCUACACACGGCCAGGGAUAGGGGUUCAGGCGGGCUGGUGGCACUGGCACACACACAGGAUGGUACCUGACUGCAUGCAUGGGCACUCAGCUGCAGUGCCAGCACAGACAGCCCUGUGCUAGGGUGUAAGGCUGGCAUGGCACUGAAGGAUUCUGCAACCAGAGAAUGAAGGGGGAGCUCAGCAGGUUGCACUGUGGCAUUGCUGAUAGCAGGAACUGUGCUGGAGAGGAGAUGCCAGACCUGGGGGCUAUGCAUGGGGCAUAGCAGUGGGGUGCCCCCUUCUGGAUCUCCAGAUACCCUUCUUCUUGCACUCAGCGAAAAUUAAGGCAGCACUUGCUGGCACCGGACCUCGGUAAUUCCAAACUGAGUGUGAUGAGAGCAGAGAGGGAGGGGAGAGAGGCAGAGCCUGGGAGUGUAGUGCUCACUAAUGUGACUGUGUGAGAGAGUGCUGUGGCUGGCCCCGGGGGAUCCUGCACACAGGAGCAGCAGGGCACUGAGUGCCCCCUGCCCCCGUCACCCGGCGCUGCUGGGAGCAUUAUGUGGGUGUUGCUUUAUGUGGAAGGAAGUAAGGGGAGAGUUUAGGUAGGAAAUGCAAAGGGAGGAGACUGGUCCUAUAUAAAUGCAGUGUGUGGGGACUGCGGGAGUUACAUGGAGGAGAGGGGGAGCCCCCCCAUGCUGCUGAGCUCACGCUGAGUAAGUGGGGAGUGUCCAAGACUGGUAGCAGCUCAUCAUAUAACUAAUCUACUCCUCACCAACUACACACAAGAGCCCAGGAGAAGGAGGUGCCACUCCGAUUCAGAGGUGUCCUCCUGUGGCUGCUGGACUCAAUGGGAGCAGAGCCUCUCAUGCAGGGGGACAGCAGCCGGACGUGGAUUGCUUCUGAGUGGGGCAUGGCUUGUCGGAGACCCCUGUAGUCGCACCUGCACGAGCCCUCCACGUGGGACUAUUCUCCCCCCUGCUGAUCCGCGCCGGGAGCCCGGACAUGGAGCUACAGGUCCUGUGUGCAGCUCUCUUCUGGCUGCUGCUGCCUCUAUCCCUCCUGGCAGCCUGUGUAUUUCGUUACAACUUGCUGUCCCUGGUCUACCUGUUGUUCCUACUACUAUUACCAUGGUUCGCUGGUCCCACCGCCCACAGCAUGAAAGGUCACACUGGACGUCUGCUGAAAUUCCUGCUCACCACCAGCAUCCUCUUCCUGUGUGCCCACCUCACCUUCCAAGUCUGUCUCCAUACAGUGCCUGGUCUGGAGGACCUGCUGGGCCACAACUGCAGCGAUUGGGAAGUUCUCGCACAUCAUGUUGGCGUCACCCGGUUACCCAUCUACGAUAUCGCCAACACAGUGCGGCUGGUGUCCCCAGAUUUCGGCAUGUUCCUGGUGUCUGCUGUGUGCCUCGGCUUGUGCAACCGCCUGGUGUCUCGGCAAAGCUCUCAGCCAUCAAGUGAGAGGCCCCACAGGUCCUCUGAUCUCACGGAGCAGGCUGAAGAUGAGCAGAGGGUGACUGAGGCCGGCGAUGAAGAGGCUGAGGACGCUGAAGACAUUCAGGCCUCUCUGCAGGAUGGGGUGUUGGCCUCACGGAUCAAGGAGGCUGCUCACAAACUACUUGAGGCGGUGGGGAAGUCACUGGCACUCAUGCUGCUGGCGCUGGCAGGUAUCACCGUCCCUUCUGCCUUCUCUGCGGUCUACUACCUAGCCUUCGUGGGCCUCUGCACGUGGUGGGCAUGCCACUUUCCCAUCAGCUACGUGGGAUUAAACACUCUCAGCGUAAUGGUUGGCUUUUUUGCUGGCGGUCAUGUGAUCUGUCUGUAUGGCUACCAAACACCCUAUAUUCAAAACCUCUUCCCACCAACGGAACUAUGGGCAAGGAUUUUUGGCCUGAGUGACAUAAUUGUUUACUCUAACUGCACGGGCAGCAUUGAUGACCUCAUUCUGAACCAGAGCCAUGAUUGGCCGGUGUAUGUGAAUCCGGGGAUUUUGCUACUGCUGUACUACGCGCUCAUCUCACUGCUGAAGCUGAAGAAUUCCAGCACGGUGGAAGAUAAGGUGCAGGAUGGGGGAUGUGACCCCCAGAAAUCUGUGCAAGAAAACCUGGAAUUAGCAGAUGCCGAGUCGUGGUCGAAAGAACGAUACAGCGAGGAGACAAAGCCCAUGUUACCAAAGACCAGCAAACCGUCUGCAACUGAUGAGCAGGACCACACUGUCCAUGCCAUCCAACCAGGCUCCAGCCAGCAGCUUGGUAGUCAACCUGAGACCUCAAAAGAGCAGUCUGCUCUUCACAUACUGCGCAAUGUCAUCCUGAACCAGAGCUAUAUAUGCGCACUCAUCGCCAUGAUGGUGUGGAGCAUCACAUAUCACAGCUGGCUGACCUUCGUUCUGCUGCUCUGGGCCUGUCUGAUCUGGAUGGUGCGGAACAGACGCCAAUUCGCCAUGCUGUGCUCUCCUUUCAUCCUUCUCUACGCAGUAACGCUCUGCAGUUUGCAGUAUGUCUGGAGUAUGGACCUAGAGAAGGAGCUUCCCACACAACUCGGCUUUAUGAGACUGUCCCAGCUGGGCCUUGCCAGAGCGCCAUACCCCUGCCUCAACCUAGGGGCGAUGCUUCUAUACACCCUGACGUUCUGGCUCCUGCUCCAUCAGUUUGUCACCGAGCAGCUACUUAAACGAAAGAAGGUGACAGCCGCUCUAGAGGAGGUCACUGUGCCGGAGUCUGGUCAGCCCGCUGAGAAGAAUCUGCUGAAACGUUUUGGGGAUCAUGUGAUGAGUUUCUAUGCCAAAUACUGGAUAUAUGUCUGUGGAGGCAUGUUCAUAGUCGUCAGCUUUGCUGGGCAGCUCGUCAUGUACAAAAUUGUCUAUAUGUUCCUCUUUCUUCUCUGCCUGAUCAUCUUCCAGGUGUAUUAUGCCCUCUGGAGGAAACUUCUGAACUUUUUCUGGUGGCUGGUGGUGGCUUACACAAUGCUGGUCCUCAUCGCCAUCUACACCUUCCAGUUUGAAGAAUUUCCCAUGUAUUGGAGGAACCUGACGUCCUUCACAGAUGAGCAGUUGGGUGCCAUAGGGCUUGAACAGUUUAGCGUGUCCGAGCUAUUCACCAGUAUCCUGAUACCAGGCUUCUUCCUCCUGGCAUGUAUCCUUCAGCUCCAUUACUUCCACCGACCCUUCAUGCACAUCACGGACCUGGCACGAGCAUCAUCUCUUGGCUGUACCCCGUACAAGGACAGUAGUGAGGCAAAGGAGGAGGAGGCGGCAGCAGCAGUGACUUCUGGUACUGUCUGUGAAGGAGAAGAGGAGGAAGAGUGUGCUGAAGAUGGAGUUACUCUCAGCAAGUGGGACUUGGUUGCUCAACGUCUCACCGUCCUUUUUUACAAGUUCUCGGAGCUCCUGCACCGACUGCAGGUUUUCCUGUGGCGUAUCCUGGAGCUGCAUGUGAUGAAACUAGUGGCUCUGUAUAAUGUUUGGGUGGCCCUUCAGGAGGUGUCUGUGAUGAAUUUCCUCUUUGUGAUCCUGUGGACGUUCGCCGUCCCAUUUUCCCGCUUUCACCACAUGGCUUCCUGUCUCUGCACUAUCUGGACCUCGGUUAUCAUUGUCAUUAAGAUGCUGUACCAGCUGACCAUAGUCAUCCCGCAGACCUACUCUGUCAACUGCACGCAGCCUCUUUCCAACGGUACCAAUCUCCUGGAAGAAGAGAUCCUGAACUCAACCUUAUACCGGGCACCGGUCGAUCCUGCCAAUUGGUUUGGAUUCCGCAAAGGGUAUCCCAACUUGGGCUACAUUCAGAAUCACUUGCAAGUCCUUGUUUUGCUGGUGUUUGAGGCCAUAGUUUACCGGCACCAAACAUUUUACCGCAAGCGCUACCAGCUGGAGGUUCCCCGCAAUCAGACCGUGUUCCCAGAGGUCUGGCGGCAACAUCUUGAUCAAGGUCUGCUCAACUGCAUCAAAUAUUUCAUCAACUAUUUCUUCUAUAAGUUUGGAUUGGAGAUCUGUUUCCUGCUGACGGUGAAUGUGAUUGGCCAGCGAAUGAACUUCAUGGUGAUCUUCCACGGCUGUUGGCUAAUUGUUAUCCUGACUCGGCGGCAGAGGGUGAAGAUUGCCAAACUGUGGCCCAAGUACUGUGUGUUUCUGGUCUUUUUCAUGCUUUGGCAGUAUCUGCUGUGCCUGGGCAUGCCACCCGUGCUCUGUAUAGAUUAUCCGUGGAGGUGGUACAGAUUCUUUCCUGUUAACUCGGCUCUGAUCAAGUGGAUGUAUCUUCCUGACUUCUUCAUGGCCCCUAAAUCUACCAACCUCAUCUAUGACUUUUUACUACUGCUGUGCGUAUCCCAGCAGUGGAAGGUGUUUAUUAAUGAGAAAAAGGAAGAAUGGUAUACCGUGGCCGGGGAAAACACAGAGCAGAUAGAAUUCCCUGGUAGCAGGCCCAUCCUGGUCCCGAACUUCAUCAACUGUCGCUCCUACCUGGACAUGCUGAAGGUGGUUGUUUUCCGGUACCUCUUCUGGUUUGUCCUGGCGGUUGUGUUCAUCACAGGUGCUACACGAAUUAGUGUUUUCGGCCUGGGUUACCUGAUGUCCUGCUUCUACCUCCUCCUCUUUGGCACAGCCCUCCUGCAGAAGCCGGUGAAAGCCAGGCUGGUUUUAUGGGACUGUUUGAUCAUCUAUAACAUUGCCGUGAUACUGUCCAAGAACCUGCUUUCGGGCCAAACUCGCCUGAAUCGUGCCUGUGCUUGCUUCGCGUAG